GCCAAAGAGAGUCGCCACACUCUGCAGGAGAGGAAGGACGUAGAAGUCCGGCUGUACAGUUAGAACAAAGAAAAACUAAGGCAAAGGAAUGAGCAAGAAUCAGAAAGAAGUCAAGAAAAUCCAGUCAGUUUAUUUGCAGAACUUGGAAAAACUAAACCAAGGGAUAAAGCCAGAGAAGAAGAGUUGGAAACCAAAAGAAGGAGACUUUACUGUGCCAAUGGAGAAGCUACGACAGCCUCCCAUAGCUGGACAAGUAACCAAAAGCUCAGCACACAGAAUCAGCAGAGAUUUGACCUGCUCCAUCUGUUUGGAUCUUUUCAAGCAGCCAGUGUCUUUGCCCUGUGAUCACACCUUCUGCCAGGGGUGUAUUGAGGGUUACUGGUCUGGUCCUCGGGGACACGGGCAGGGAGGCACAGGCUCCUGCCCUCAGUGCAGGAAGGUGUACCCCGGGCAGAGCUACAGGCCCAACCGCAUUGUCGCCAACAUUGUGGAGAGCUACUGUCAUGGGCUGGAGGAGAGCGGGAGUGAAGCCUGCCUUCCAGAUGUUGGGGUGCCAGAGAAGGCUCCUGCUCCCAUCCCACGCUGCAGCAGACACAGAGAGGAGCUGAAACUUUACUGUGAGGAAGACCAGGAGCUGGUGUGUCUGGUGUGCGGUCUCUCCCAGGAACACAGAAAUCACACCAUGGUGUGCGUCCAGGACGCUGAGAAGAAGUAUAGGGCGUCUCUGAACAGCUCCAUGGAUUCCCUCAAAGCUGAGCUCAAUACAGCACUGCAGUAUGACAGGGAAGCUGAGGACGAAGUCAAGAAGCUUAAGGAGCACACAGCUGACCUAAAGCAGCGCAUUGAAGCCCAGUUCAGCGACCUGCACCAGUUCCUUUACCAGGAAGAGAAGCUGCUGCAGGUGAAGCUGAAAACUGAGGAGCGGAGGGAGCUGAUCCGCCUGGAUGAGCACAAAGCCCUGCUAUGUGUGGAGAUCUCCCGUCUUCAGAGAGCCGUCCAUGAGAUAGAGGACAAGCUGAGAGAGCAGGACCCGUUCACCCUGCUGCGGAGCAUCAAGGUUUUGCUCCAGAGGCCAUCGCUGAAGUUUGAAAAGCCUGCUUUUACACCUCCCAGUCUGUGCGAGGGUCGAUUUGCAGGGCCUCUGCAGUACAGAGUAUGGAAAUCCAUGAAAGGAAGUAUUUACCCAGUUCCAGCAGCCAUCACAUUCAACUCCAGCACUGCCAACCCUUGGCUCAGCCUGACCUCCUCCCUCACCUGUGUCCGCUACCAGACCUUUAAUCACACUGUGCAGGACAACCCCUACAGGUUCAAUGCUGCCCUGUCCCUGCUUGGAAGCCAGGGCUUCACUCACGGACGCCACUACUGGGAGAUUGAAGUCUACAGCAGCACGGUCUGGACUGUAGGGGUGGCCCGGGAGUCAGUGCCCAGAAAGGGAGUCAUCAAAGCACUCCCAGCCAACGGCUUCUGGACUCUGUCCCUCUCUUAUGGGAUACAGUACAUGGCUGGUACAUCCCCUCCAACUGUGCUGUCCCUGGAGGAACCACUGGCCAGGAUCGGAGUGUACCUGGACUACAAGAGGGGCCUGGUGUCUUUUUACAAUGCAGAGAGCAUGACACACCUGUACACCUUCGGGGAGAACUUCAGUGAGACACUGUACCCUUACUUCAACUUGGGCUUCCUGGAUAAAGUGCAUGAAAACGAGCCUCUCAAAGUUUUCUUACCAAAGAUUUAGCUAACUGUGAAAAACUACAAAGGAAAAGGGAAAUAAAGUGUCUAUAAGUGUAAGUGUUGGUAAAAAGUUACCAAACUAACAUGAAGUCAAAGAUAUAAAAAAAAAAAAAAAACUAAACAAAA